ACAAAUAAAUAAAUAAAAUGUAUUGGGUGGGGAGGUAUUAUACCAGACCGUCACGGAUUUUGCUGCCUCAUUGUAAGGCUGGCUGCAAACUUCUCUGUGCUAAAAAACACAGCGGCUGUGGCAUUAUCUCACACCGUAGGCUGUGUAUCUCCCAGCUGCUUCUCCAUCCGUCUUCUCCUGUGGCACUUCCUUGCCAUUUUUGGAAGUAUUACGGAGGGCGUCUCGAGGGCUCUGUUCAAAAGCAGGAGUGAACCUUCUACACCGUUGAGAACGUUGCUCCAACUCAACCAAGGCAGCCAAGCGAGAGACUGGCGGGAUCUUCCUCCGAGCCGCAGACUUCAGGAACAGGUAUCUCUGUUGGGUGACAUCAUGGAGAAGAAGCCCCCAUGGCUUUGUACGGUCCUUCUCGUGAUCUUCUGCAUCCCCGGGAUCUUGACUGAGAAGAUUCUGGAAGGCAAGGCCUUCGUCUUCCCCAAGACUUCUGCUGACUCCUACGUUCUCUUGAAGCCCGACUUACAGCAAGGGCUGAGACAUUUCACCCUCUCCCUCGAAUUUUUCACCGACUUGACCCGCAGCCAUGUCCUCUUCUCGGCCGCUUCCCAGGAUCACGACAACGAGAUUCUCCUGAUCCGACACCUUGAAGAAUACCACACUUGUGUGGGAGGGGAGUGUGCCGUUUUCACAGUGCCCAGACUCGCAGCCAGGUCUACCUUCCGCUGGGAAUCGGUUUGUACAACUUGGGAUUCAACUACCGGGAUUGUCCAACUCUGGCUAGAUGGUCAACGCUUGCCAAGGAAAGGGGUAGCGAAGGGCUAUGAGGUCAAGACGGAUCUGGUGGUGAUGCUGGGGCAAGAACAAGAUUCCUACGGGGGCAGCUUUGACGGGGAUGAGUCCUUUGUGGGAGAAAUCGCUGAGGUCUACCUUUGGGACAAUGUCCUGCCUGCCGAACAAAUACGCAACAUGCAGAAACACACCACGCCGGCCCCUUUAGUGGCCUGGACCUCGCUGAAGUUUGAAAUCCAAGGCUACGUGUUGACGGAGCCUUUGUGAAGCCUUUGGUCAAAGAAGAGCAGGAAGUUCUCACUGCAUCUCAGCGUUCCUCAACCAUGGCUACUUGGAGAUAUUUGGACUUCAACUCCCAGAUUUCCCUCCAAGCAUGAAGAGAAUUCUGGGCAUUGAAGUCCACAUAUCUUCAAGUGCCGAAGGUUGAACAACCUUGCUUUGAACCUCUUAACCAGAGGUCUUCCAACUUGGCCCUUUGAUGACUUGUGGACUUCAGCUCCCAGAAUUCCUCAGCCAGGCACACAGGCUGAGGAAUUCCGGGAGUUGAAGUCCACAAGUCUUAAAGUUGCCAAGUUUGAAGCCCCCUGGUAUAAGAAAAACAUUCCCUCUAGUGACCCUUGACUUUAGUGCAGGGGUCUUCCAACUUGGCCUUUUUAUGACUUGUGGACUUCAACUCCCAGAAUUCCUUAGCCAAGGAGUUGAAGUCCACCAGUCAUCUAACGGACAAGUUGGAAGACCCCUGCUCUUAAUCAACCAAGCAGUUUGCAAGAUCCAAAGGAGCUCCAUUGAUUCUAGCCUCCCCCCCCCCCCAUCGCUUGCCCCACAGGCUGUGUGAUUGGCUGUGCUUGUUUUCGUGCCCGGUGCUGUUAUUUUUUUAAUUUGGAUUUUAACAACCAACCCAUCUGCCUCCCGCUGCGGGUCUCUAGGAUCUUUUCAGGGAACCCAAGUCAAAUAAAUAUCUAAACAUCUCUCUUUUAAUUUCUAAUAUGACGAAUAUCGAUAACAAACCCCCUGUGGCUCCUCUCUGAAAAGAGAGAGAGUUUACUAUUGAAAACUCAAUAAAUUGCUCUUUGAACAAUUUUUUUUCUAAUGCGAUGCUAAAUGGACCGGCCUUGAUUCUUUCUGCCCACCGAGAAAUUCUGUAAGAAAGAAAUUACAUCUAUAUCUUUGGUGUUGCUUGGAUGGGCAUCCAGACCUGUUUUAUGUAACCCCCUUGGUUACUGCAUUUUCUGAACGAAAGCGAUAAAGAUACAAACCGACAACCGCACUGGAAAAGGCACAACCUGCCCUAUGAGAUCUUCUGCAAUAAACCUUGGCAGUGCCGUGUUUAUG